UAGUCUCAAAGCGAGGCCCGACGAGAAAAAGCAAACGUCGGUUGCUCUUGGAGAGAGAAAUCCAUUUUUAACUUACAAUAUUCACUUAAAACCUAUUCCAACCUUGAGGAUCUCAGCCAAAAUUUAAGGAGUGAAUGGGGAUGCACAAUUUCUUAAAAUGUUGAUGCUGGAAGAAAACGCUCUUUGAGUUUAUUGAUGCUUCUAGACUACGUAGCCAGAUACAGAAUUGCCUGCUAGAAAUCCACUGCAAAUUAGAACAACAACUAUUAUCUCAUCUCAACUUGAAUUUCUCAAAGAAAUGGACUCGGAAUAUUGCCAGUGUCGCACAUGCGGCACCAGAGUGUUCAAAGACAACAUGGAGUCGAUCUACACCUCGCACGAAGUGGCCAAGAAGUUCCGUAUGCUGUUGUCUCUCAACCUGGUGCUUGACCGACGACUGCCCGAGUUCAUUUGCAAACCGUGCGUGAUGGAACUUAACUUGACGCACGAGUUUGUCCAGAAGGCGCUCAAAAUGCAGAAUGAGAUGCUGGACAAAUUUUUCAUUGAGCCGAAGCAAAAUCCUGACCCUCCGACUAAAGGCCAAGCAACUCAGCCUGGUGAAAGUGUGGAGGAAGUUAACAAGUCUGAAGAAGCUUCGUCCUCCAGGAGGCCGUCAGUCAUUCAAAAUAUGCCAAAGGAAUCUCUUGAAAAAACUGAGCCAAAGGAAAAUCUGACUGAAGGGAAGCCACAAAGUCAAGCGCAAGUGGAUUCGAUAAUUUCAACACCAGACCCUGAACCAGAGGUUAUUAACCUAGACGAAAAUUCCUCCAAGUUGCCUCCUCAGAUUGAAGCGCCACCGCCUCCGAAGCCACAAUUAAAACUGAAACCUAUCUCAUCCCUGAUGAAGCCCAACAUACCGACCCAACCUGUACAGCCAACUGUGCAAAAUGAACUGGGAGCUCCUGUUAAAAUGUGUGGCAGAUGCAAGAAAAUGAUUCGCCUCACUGAUGAAGGCUUGAUGCAACAUAUGCACGAGUGCCCGAGUAAAGUUGCUAACACGCAAGUUGUGGUUCCACAACCUCGGUCGAAGAAUAAAGUCCCACACGUAAUCAAAACACCACGUCCGAAUGGGAAAAUUGUACUUCUCAACAAUCAACCAUUUGCGUCUAAAUUCAUCAUUAACUCUGUUAAUCUAAACAACACCACACAAACUCCCCCCAUGACCUCAACAGCAUCGAUGCAACCUGUUUCCUCAGCCAACCAGCAGCCGACUCGUUUCAUCCUCCGACCAGGGCUUGGCCCUCAAGUGCUGCAAUUUUACAGACCUACUGUGUCAUCUCCUGUUAGUUCUGUUGUUUCGUCAACUCCAAUCUCCUCGCCCGUCCAAGGUGUCUAUUUACCUAGUACCCUGAGUGCCCAACCACCGUCAAUUCAAAAUGUACAGCCUCCACCGAUUCCACCACCUGCGCAAAUUGCCCCGACCCCACCGGUCUUGAGCGGGAACCUUGCAAAAAAUUCAUCUCGAUUCAUCCUACCCAAAGACAGUGCCCAGGCUCCGCCACCCUCGUUACCACAAAACGAGAAGUCAAAAUUGCCCUCCAAAGAUCUUGAAGGCCUUGCUGUCAUCCGACUGGCCGAAGAAGCAUCACCCAAAAACCCAAAUCGGCAAGACCUUGGCACCAACAAUCCUUCACAGAUUAUAAACCUCUUCCAAGCCAACAUUGAAGUGGACAAGACGCCAAACGUAAAGGCGUUGAUGUCCCUGUGGAAUAAUCCUGAUCUGAGCCACUGCAGUUUAUUUGACGACGAGAAGCGAUCGACUGAGCUGAUGGCGGACUGUGCUGACAAAGUGCGGCAGUGCAGCGAGUGCCGGAUUUUCUUCCUCAGCUCCAUUGAGUACAAAGGGCACGUUGUCAAGGGCGUUGGGCACCAGUUUUGGCAGUGCUCGGCGUGCAAGGUCAACUUCGCUUCCGAGCAGCUGCUGAAAGAGCACUUCCAAAUCGGUUUGCACGGCAACAUGCGCGAACAGUUCACUUGCAGCAUUUGUCCGUUGUUCAGCAGCCGAGAGGAGAACGUCUUCAAACACAUGCUGAAAAUGCACAGCUUCUGUCCACACUGCUACGCGAAUUUGCAAGACGUGCGGAUAGGAUUAUUGAAGAGACGCAGGAGAAUCAAGUUGCGGAAGUGUCCGUCCUGCAAACUUCUCAUCAAUCAGCAGUCGGAAGCAAUGUUGCAGAUGUGCUACAAUAUUGACAAAAAUCACAAGGUGUACAUCUGCAACAUUUGCAGUGUGGCCUUCAAGACGACGGCUAGUCUGACCGUGCACUUUCGCCAAAACCACUACCCUUUGAUGCAGAGCAGCUCAUUUUCCAGUCCCAAUUAUGAUGUGCAGAUCAAGGCUCACAAAAAUUCCUGCAAGAAUCAAAGAAAUGAGGAAGAAAUUCGCAAAGUGUCCUUUGAGCAAGAAAAGGUUGCCAGUGAACCGUCUGAUGAAGACAUGGAAGUGGACAUGGAAGAUCCAGUGGAGGAAUCUGUUCCGCUGAUUCCUCAAUCGGAAGACAAAAUCUCGCGCUUCUGCUGCGUUCGGUGCUCCAACUCGUACGCAAAUUUCCAAGAUCUGAUGCUGCACACUAGGGUGUCCCACAGUAUGCCCUUCUACCGCUGCGAAAAGUGCUCUAGAAAUUUCAAAAACAUGCUGGACUCGCUUGAACACGAUUGCUCCAAACACGAUAAUGUCAGACUUCAGCUUGUGCGCCUCGAACAACUGAUGGAAUUUUCAGGAGCAAUGGAAGCGUCGUCCUGUUUGAUUGGCCUCUGUCGGAUCUGCGGCACGGCGAGCGAAGAGCUGAAGGACAUUUGCUCCGGCGAGAUCGACACGCACCUGCAAGUGCUGCGCUUCCAACUGUCCGUUGACGACGGCCUGCCAACGGGCGCUUGUCCCUCGUGCGUGCGCAAACUGGCCUCAAUCCACGAGUUUGUCACGUUGAUGCAGCGGACCGACGAGUGCCUGCGAGUCAUGCUGUCCAACUCCCUGGACAAAGCAAUGAAGGAAGCGGAAGAGGCCAUCGAGGAGAACGAAUUUUCCUUUCUGGACGCAGCAGGCGACGCACUCAGUAUAAACAACCAGGAAGAAGAAGCAGAGGCUACCGCAGAACCUGAGACGAAAAAGAGGAAAAUGCAAAACAUGGAAAAUAUAAAAAAGCAGAAGUCGCUGUGCGAGAAAUUAGCCGAGAUGAAUUCGAAAAUGAAAGAGACCGAACAACUGAACGCCACUUUAAAUUUGCAGGCGUCCACCUCCGGACCGUCGUCGGUGCUCGAGCUCAUCACGAAAAACCAGCCCAAAUCUCGGACGCGGAUUCGACUGGAUAACUCGGAGACGAGCAUCCGCACGUGCGACGAGUGCAACAUCAUGUUCUCGAGCGGCGACCUACUCGAGCAGCACCGGGCCGAGCACGUCGUUUUUCGGUGUCACGUGUGCGGCGCCAACUUCAACACGGCCCUCAUCCUGGCGAGCCACCUGAAGCGAAACCUGCACCGAGUGGCGCUCAAGGACACCAAGUGGACGUGCAGCGAGUGCUUCAUGGUGAGCAAGGACAAGGGCUCGAUGCUCGAGCACGUUCGCUCGGUGCACACCAAGGAACGGCCGUACGCGUGCGACUCGUGCGACCGAAGGUUCGCAGUCAAGCGGGCCCUGACGAUGCACGUCAGGGAGCACAAGCAGGACUGGUCGCACGUUUGCAGCUACUGCGGCAAAGGCUUCUUGGUCAAGGAGUACUAUCGGAUCCACGUGCGCCGGUACCACACCCUGGAGAAGCCGUUCGAGUGCGACCGGUGCGACGCAAAGUACCCUUCCAGGUUGCAGCUGAGCGAGCACGUCCUGGCCAAGCACGAAGGUGGCCGACCCGAGCAGAUCUACGAGUGCGGGAUCUGCGGAAAGAAGUUCAAAGGCUCGACCGGUUUCAGGUACCACGUGCAGACGCACGAGGUGCCCAUCGAGCAGCGGCGCAAGUUCAAGUGCGACUUCUGCGACGCGUCGUUCAUCCGCAAGCCGACGCUGAUCAAGCACGUGAAGCGACACUGCGGCGAGCAGGAGCAGUACGAGUGCCAUUUGUGCGGCAAGAAGUUGGCCACGUCGCACGGCCUCGACCUGCACCUGGUGGUGCACUCGGGCGAGAAGAACCACGUGUGCGAGUUCUGCGGCAAGGCGUUCGCGGCCGCCGGCACCCUCAAGGUGCACAUCCGCUCGCACACCGGCGAGAAACCCUAUCAGUGCAAGUUUUGCCCCAAACGCUUCACGCAGAGGUCGUCCAUCAAGGUGCACAUGCGGAAUGUGCACCAGUACGAAGACACGGUUGAAAAACUCAAUUUGUUUAUUGUGUCGUGAUGAAUAAACUUAAUUAAAAAAGACUGGAAAUUAACCCAAAGUUAUUACUAUGACUAGAUUUGAAAUUCAGCCAAAUAUUUGCGGCCUUUUUGCAAUAAUUUUGUUUUCAUUAUUUGAUACGCAUAUAUAAAAAAUUAAAACUGUGAAAUUAGCGAGGAGAAAUAAAAUGUAAUACAC